AUGGAGGAUCCCAAAACAAUACCAGACGCCACUCGUCCGGGACAUCGGAAAUUUAGUAAGCCGCCAGUCAAGCUCGCUUGUCUUGCUUGUCGCACCCUCCGCAUCCGCUGCGACGGACUCGAACGAUGCGGCAACUGCGUCGCCAGAGAGACACCAUGCUCCUAUGUGCCCAGUAAGCGCGGGGGGCCACGGAUCCGCAAGCGGAAGCGGCCGUUGACACCGGUGUCCGGGUCGAUGGAUACGUCGCUGAAUUCGAUCUCCAACGACGAGGUGGAGGUGGAUGGGUUGGGGCUCGGAUUACCAGGGUCAAUCUGGCUGGACCAGCUCUUCACUCUGGGCGCUCCAGGAGCAGGACUUCGAAGUAUCGAGAGCUCAGUGUCAGAAAUCGAACAAAUCUUCGAUGAGAUUUUCGCGGAGGACAGUGUGCGGAUACCAUCUGAGGCAGAGGAUGAGCCUGCUGUGGAGCCGGAUCUCCUGCAGACGUAUGCGUCGGAUGAGGAUAUACUGGACGCAUACUACGUCUUCAUCCAUCUAUACUGCCCCCUUCUCCCUCCGCCCGAGCGACUCCCCGCGCGCAACAAACCCGUGUACGGCCCCCCAACAUACCGACCGUCCAGCCCGUUGGCACUUGCAGUGUGCGCCAUCCUCUCCUUAAUACCCCAUCCGGAGGUGCGACAACCCUCGAAGCCGGAAUGCAUCAAGCUCCGACGGGAAAUGGCGCAUUCGUAUGCACAGUCAGCCUUGGAGGCUGUGGAGGCGGAUCUGGAACUGCUGGAUUCGGCGUCGGACCCUUCGCGCGCGCUGUCGGAGGGAGUGGCGCAGUGCACUCGCGAGCCGUUUCACGUGAAAGUGCCGGUUGGGCUGGAGGCGGUGAUGGCAUUGGUGUUGCUCAGUAGCUAUGAGUAUGCGCAGCGGGGGAAUAUCCAGAAGAUGUGUAAUCGGGCGGGACAAGCUUUGACGGCAGCGAUGAGUGUGUCUUUACACGAGACGGUUGAAGAGGAUGGAUUUGCGGAGGCGCGACGGAGGGCGUGGUGGAUGACCUAUAUGACGGUAUGUCAGGGUUCGAUUGUGAGCGGGAUGCCUCCUGUAAUCAAUCUUUAUGAUCCUCGCUUCGUCACCCCAUAUCCCAAGGGCUGGAAACUCCUCAUCGAAGCCCAACAGACUAUCCUCGAAGCCACGACCUUCGUCCACGACCUCAACCUCACCAUCAAAUCGCAGUACAAUGCACCCUGGAUCUCGAAGCGUAUGAUGGAUCUCGACAGCCAGAUCACUUACCUUUUACAUCCGUGUCGGGCGACAUCGCCCUCGAUCCCGCGGUUCCCACCCACACCCACCGACUCACCCGAAAUCAUAGCACUGCAGAGCAUGAAAUACAUCGCCGAGAUUAAGCUCCACAGCGCCCGGAUCAAAACGCACCGGUUCUGCGCCUUCCAAGACGCCGCCAUCUUCCGCCGGCGCCACUGCGACCUCCACGCGACGACCCCGUCAUCCACAACGUCAGCCCCAAGCUGCUGCAGCAUGCCUGGCCCCCAGCCCCAGAACCCACCCCCAAGUCAGUCUCGGAACUCGCGCAUCUCCUUCCCCUUCUCCAGCCACGCCUCCUCGAAGAUCUGCCUCCACGCCGCCCUCAACAUCACCAACCUCCUCGACAACCUCCCGUACCCGAACCCGACUAAUGAGAUCCCGCUCACGCGGCCGCCGUACCUCGCCCGGCAUUCACGGGUGGAAAUCCCCCGCACGAUGCCCUCGUUUGCCUGCUGCGCGAUGCAGGCGAGCUAUGCGAUGAUGAUGCUGGGGAUGAAGGCGCGGGGGAGUGUCAGUUCGAGCAGCAGCGGUGGGACUGGUGGUGGGAGCAGCGGGAGUGGCCGGUCGCUGGACGGGUUCGUGGAGGAGCUGCGGCAGAGUCUGCGCGGGGUGUGGAAGGUUCUGGGGAAUUAUGCGAUUGCGUUUGAGGCUGUGGGGGGGAUGAGAGGUAUGUUGUCGUUGAUCUUGGGUGGUCUGGGUAUGGGUAUGGGUGCUGACUUGAGGCGUCUAGAUGAGAUUGGACUGUCCAUGGGCUGGCUGGAGUAG